AUGACUCCCAAGACCGUGAGACCCAUAAAGGAAGAGGAGGAGGAGGAGGAGGAGGAGGAGGAGGAGGAGGAGGAGGAGAAGGAGGAGGAGGAGGAGGAGGAGGAGGAGGAGGAGGAGGAGGAGGAUGGUGAAUAUGAAGACAGCAGCGGUGAGAUGAGUCCAUAUGGGGAAGAUGGGGUGGUGGCUGGUGCUGAAAGCCAUGUCAACGUACCGGGAAUUAGGUACGGACUGAGGGCUGAUGGGAUAGGAGGUGGUGUGGGGGUCGGAGUCAUUUCAGUAGAGGAGCUUGUGGAGACAUGCACCGAAGGCUGGAUGACGGAUUUCUCCCAUCUAGAGCUUUCUUCGAGCUCUUUCUUCUUCUUCAACUUGAAGCAUUCGUAA